AUGUAUAGGCUGUUUGUUGAAGUUGGACCGCAAGUGUAUUCUGUGGACAAUGAAGAGGCGACAGGUGCCUCUCUGGAGUUGUUGCUUCCCAAGGACCUGGCUGAUGGCUUUGUUAACAACAAGAGGGAAUGCUACAAAUUCAGGUUCCAAAAGGUGUUUGAUCAGCACGUUAAACAAGAGGAGGUAUUUGAUGAAAUUGCAAAACCAGUUGCAGAAAGUGCACUGGCUGGCUAUAAUGGCACCAUAUUUGCCUAUGGUCAGACGGGAAGUGGGAAGACGUUCACCAUCACUGGAGGAGCUGAGCGCUACAACGAUCGCGGCAUCAUACCACGCACCCUGUCCUACCUCUACGGCCGCUUCAGUCAGGACAGCAGUAUGAUGUACUCCACACACAUCUCCUACCUGGAGAUCUACAACGAGAUGGGAUAUGACCUUUUGGAUUGCCGACAUGAGGCGUCGCGACUGGAGGACCUACCUAAAGUGAUGAUUAUGGAGGAUCCAGAGCAGAACAUCCACCUCAAGAAUUUGUCUCUGCAGCAGUCUGCUAAUGAAGAGGAGGCUCUGAAUCUGCUCUUCCUGGGCGACACCAAUCGCAUGAUUGCUGAAACCCCAAUGAACCAGGCCUCCACUCGUUCGCACUGUGUUUUCACCAUCCAUCUCUGCAGGCGUGAACCCGGCUCAGCCACCUUGCGGCGCUCCAAACUCCACCUGGUGGACCUGGCUGGGUCGGACCGAGUCAGCAAGACAGGCCUAGACGGGCAGCUACUCACUGAGGCCAAGUACAUCAACCUGUCGCUCCACUAUCUGGAGCAGGUGAUAAUUGCAUUGUCGGAGAAGAAUCGUUCCCAUAUUCCAUACAGAAACUCCAUGUUGACAUCGGUGCUGAGGGACAGCCUUGGGGGCAACUGCAUGACCACCAUGAUCGCCACCAUGGCAGUGGACAAACGUAAUCUCGAUGAGUCCAUCUCUACAUGCCGCUUUGCUCAGCGUGUGGCUCUCAUCAAGAACGAGGCCGUAUUGAACGAAGAACUGGAUCCUGCCCUGCUUAUAGCACGUUUGAAAAGAGAAAUCCUGUCCCUGAGGGAAGAGCUGGCCAUGGUGACAGGAGAUCAGAGAAAUGAGCAGCUAACUGCAGAGGAGAUACAAAGGUUGGAAGAGUUAGUCGGGGCCUUUCUGACUGACCCAGAUCCAGAUGUGACCCUGUCUCUGGGACCCGAUAUGAGAAAGAUACAGCACUGUUUCCUCCUGCUGAAGUCGAUGAUUUUGGACAAAAAGAGUGCCAAGGCUGGACACAGUGAGCGACAGCAGUCACUGACAGGAAGUAGUGAGAACGCUCAACUUCUCAAUGUCAGCGCAGCAGAAGUGGCCAAACUGAAUGAAAUGCUUAAACAACGUGACAAUGAGAUCAGUAUCCUAGUGAGGAUCCUGAAGAAAGAAAAGAAAAGAGCAGAUGAUGCCGUGGAUCAGCUUGCCUACAUCAACAAUGUUAAACCCCUCUCCUCCCUGAGGUCCUCAAGCAUAACCACUGUUUCACAGCCUGAAGAGGCAAACGUGGAAACGUUUCUCAGGAAUCACGGAGGAAAACGAUCCACAAUGCUUCAGCUGAGGGUCGGAAAUGUGGAAACUUUCACACCAGGCCACGGUGAAGGAAUGUUUACAAUGCCACAGUUUAGAGUAGAAAAGGUUGACCUCUUUCCCACAGACCGUGCAGGUCAACCAUCUACAGCGCUUCAGCUUAAAGAAGGAAAUGUGAAAACCUUUGCAGAGCAACACAGCGGAAAGGUUCCCACGGUGCCACAGUUGGGAGAGAAAAAUGUGGACACCAUUCCAGUGAACCAAAGAGAACAAGUGUUCACGGGGCCUCGGCUGAGAGCGGGGAACAUGGACAGCUUUGGAGCAGACCGUGAAGGGCGAGCAUCAACGGCGUUUCAGUUACAAGUGGAAAACAUGGAUUCUCUGGUGGCAAAAGAGGACAAAAGAGUUUCCACGAUGCUCAAAGAAGGAGACAUGGAAACCGUUCCUGAGGGGCAAGGAGGACGAGCUGUGCAGUACAUGAAAAGAGGUACGAAGUUGUCAAUGGGAAAACAAGAAGCAUUUGAGAUAUUCAUAAGAGAUCAUGAGGAGCAUCAAACCAUUGAAGAGAACAAGAAUAUACUCAAAGAAAGAUCUGCCGAGGCCCGGAGGCUUGGAGAGAAACUGAAUGAAGCCAGAAGCAGAAUCACUGAGUUGAAGAAGCAGUUAGAGACGCGGAGGAGGCAGAGGGCAGCUCACGCUGUGGCAGGGAAUCGAGCUCAGGGCGAGGAGGAGUUUGACCCCUUGGAAGAAAACCUCUGCAAACAAAUUAAGCAAGAAAAAGUAAUUUACAAGAACGCCAUUGGCCGCCUAAAGGCUCUGCGGACAGAGAUUGAGCAUCUGCAGCUGUUGCUGGAGAGGGUUAAGGUCAAGAUCCAGAAGGAUUUCCAGAAAUGGUGGAGCCGGGAGGCUUCUAAUCUGCAGGGAUCUGAGUCGGGGGCUGAGGCCAGAUAUAACGCUGCGUCUCCAAAUGAAACCUUGCAACCAUCUUCACCUGGCACUCCAGGAUUUUGUUCUCCUGGUCUAAGCAGCACAAUGAAGGAGUCUCCAUCAAGCCUGGACAGAAAUCCAGACAGUUCAAUCUCCUCUGCUCCUGAUCUGAGCUGUCUCGCAGCGAUAAACGCACCUCCUGUACCGGUUUGGCCCCGGGAGGAACGUAAGGAUUCAGACGACAGUCCUUCUUCUGACUGGAGGGCCAUUCCCAUGACAACGCUACCGUCUUCUACCGUCCCACUGACUGGAGACCAACAGGUUGACGCUGACAUCCUGGCUUUUGUUAUGGCUCGGAAAAAUCUCCUCAGCAGGAUAGGCCGUCCUCAGACGUAAAGUUCCAAAAAAGGAGUCACCUCAUCUCUUCCAGGUUAAAGAAAGGUCUGUGAAUGUAAACCGCCACACAAGCCGCUCAUGCUUCCUUAUUCUGGACAGCAGCAUAAACCCAAGGCCGUUUCAGACGUUUGAUCUGAACACCUUCAACGGUAAAACAUCAGAGAAAGGACAUCAGAGGAACCGAAACGGAGCCGCAGUAUUUGUUGAUGGUUUGUGG